AUGUUCCGGAAUCGGGUCAUGGUCUUCUACUUCCACAGGCGCUCGGAACUUCCGGCCGGGUCGUUCAAGUGGAUCGACGAGUAUUUGCGCUACGUUCGAGACCACUCUGAGGUCUUCUGGUACAUGCUCCACCGGUUCUCCAUCAAGAUCAAGGCGGCCAAGGGCGAGCCCGUUGAUCCGCUCAGGUUUCUCCUGGCGAAUACACUCUACGAUAGGCGUCGUGAGCUGCCCGAGAACAUCGAUCGCGGCAUGGAGGAUCGUGUCAAGCGCUUCAUCAAGAAUGGAGUCCCUGCGUCUGUCUUCGAGGAGCCCGGCAUCUGGGUUUACCCGGCCAAGAUCUGCUACAUGUACUUGACCGACCCGUCCACGUUGAACGCGCAAAGUGACCCAUACAGCUUGGCCGAGCCGAUCGAGAUGGCAGAAUGA